AAGCUCUGCGACGCGCGCGACUCGUUCUAUCCGGCAUAUGAAAUGUAUAACCAAUAAAAAAGUAGCUCGCGCUAAAGCGAUACUUUGUAACCAGUGCAGAACGCUGCGCGCUUACGACUCGCGUUGCACCUUGGAGAGGGAUAUACAGCCGAGCUUCGCGGGCCACUGCGCUACAAGGUUACUGAAGUGCAGCGAAAGAUUAGUACAUCUGAAAAAUCUACACAUGAUGGACUGCCUGGAGAGUGGCAACUGAAACACACGGUUCCGAUUCGUGAUGGCAGCGAUGUCCGACGUCGUGGCAAUAAUUGUCAAGUGAAGGGCAGAGCACGUGAUGUAUUCAUAGUGAAUGUCCACAGUAUUCACAGCCAAGUCUUGCCCUUUGCAGUGAAAAUCCGGUGGAAAAUUAGGAAUAAUCCGUAUCCUAAUACAGAAGAAGAAAAAGGCUACAGCUCUCCCGGUAUUUAAAAACAAAAGAAAUCAUGUUGCACUUGGAUCAAUAGAUCUAAUUUAAUCUUUACCACGACAUGGGAAAGAAUACUUCUCCCGCCUUAUAAGAUGUAUCCGCACCAUCGAGAAAGGGAACAGCCAAUCUUCAGUGCCAGGGCCCAUGUGUUCCAGAUUGACCCGACCACCAAGAGGAACUGGAUCCCAGCCAGCAAGCAUGCAGUUACCGUAUCCUUCUUCUACGACGGCAACAGAAACGUGUACCGCAUCAUCAGUGUGGGCGGGACCAAGGCAAUUAUCAACUGCACCAUUACGCCCAGCAUGACGUUCACCAGGACCUCACAGAAGUUUGGCCAGUGGGCCGACAGCCGGGCCAACACCGUCUACGGCCUGGGCUUCGCUACUGAGCAGCAGCUUCACCAGUUUUGCGAACGGUUUAAGGAGGUGAAGGAGGCUGCCCGUCUUGCACGUGAGAAGUCCCAAGACAAGAUGGAAUUGGCCAGCACAGCCCUUAGCAUUGCUGCGCCACAGUUUUCACAGGACCUUGGUGACGAGCUCCAGUCGCCGCCGGUGGCCUGUGUGAACGGCCCUGAGGACAAGAUGUUCCGCAGUCAAAGCGCUGACAUCACACUCUCAUCGGAGAAGGAACGCAUUAAAAAGAUGCUUUCUGAAGGGUCUGUCUGUGAGAUUAACCUGGAGGCAGAGCUGUUCACCCUGCAGGACAGUAACUCCAAACUGGUGGCAGCGCUACAUGAGGCUAAUAACAACGUGGAGCAGUGGAAGAAGCAGUUAGCCGCCUACCAGGAGGAGACCGAGAGGCUACGAGACCAGGUGGCUGAUCUGGAGGCACACGGAGGCCACGGCCCCAGUGACAUGCUGAAGGACGAGCUGACUCAGUCUCUGGAGGAACUGGAGGCCCUGCUCAAAGCAAAAGAUGAGGAAAUUCACAUUCUGCAGAGCAAGAAAGCCGAAUACCAUGAGAUGGAGCAGGAACGAGAAGAGGCCAUUCAUAGACUACAGGAAAUGGAGAUGCGUAAUGUGGAGCUGGAGCGGCGGGUGCAGAACGCGGAGCAGAACCUGGCCGCCUCCCUGGAGGAGCGGGAUCGCCUGGAGGGUGAAGUGCAGAGGGCCAUCGAGAUCCUGGACGUCAAGAUCUUUGACCUGAACGACCUCCGGCAGAGCCUGGUCAAGCUUAUUGACAAAUAACGAGCAAAUGGACGGGUCUGUCAGGGACUGCCACAGCAAAGAGGAAAGACCACGGUGUAAAGGAGCUGGCCUCUUCCCACUGGCAAGCACAAAACCAAUUCUGCUUUGGGGAAUACGGCUGCUCCUCUGGGUCCUUUCGGCACAAGCAUCAUUGUACUGUACUCUUUAGCUUCUUAAGCCAUAGGUUGUGCUGUUUCUUAGGCAGUGCAUCUGCUAUGUCCAACGUUGUGCCGUAUUUCAUGUUGCUUCCUUAAGUAACGUUCAAGGCAAUAAUCUAAGUGCUAGGCUGCUUAUCUGAGAUAAGGAAUAUUGUCAAGAAUGAGAGCAAUGAGUUGUUAGGUGCUUGUAGAUGUAGUUUUCAUACUUUUGAAAUCAACCGAUUUUAUACAAACUCUGGAAUGUAAUGUUCCAGCAAUUUGGAUAAUGUUUAAUUUUUCUAGUGGGAGAAGAUCAAAAUUGGAUACAUCAGUGCAUCCAAACCAUAUAUUAAGUAUUUACAAAAGAAGCAGCACACAAUGAUACAAAUGGACGACAAAACAUAAGUCAUACAACCCAAAGGGCCGGGCUAAGGAAUAAAAAAAUUAUUUGAUGAACGUUAGUGACACAUUAGAGGCCCAAACAGCAUGACAUGAUCCGUGUAGCAUCCCAUUCUCAUGUUAACUAUAUCCAGCUGUAGAAAACAAUGCAUGUUAGGAGGUCCGGUUCCAAGAAUGACCAAUCCGGGACUCUGUUCAUGUUCACUCGAUCCCACGUCAGAUGUUUCAAGGUUUGAGUUGUAAAUAUGGAUCUCUAUUGCUACUCCCGUGGCAUGCUAGUGUAGUGUGACACAGGCGGGGGGAAGCAUGGCAGGGUACCUGGAGUUAAUGUAAAUAAUGUUUCAACUCUCUAUGAACGAAAGACACCAAAGAUUCUCAAACUAAGAGCUUUUGGGAAGCUUGAAUCAACAUGUCAUUUUUGCUCAAAGAAUGUUAAAGCUAGAUUAGUCCUGAGUGUUUGGGUAGAGUAAGAUAAGCAAUAAGAUUUAAGAUGUUCAAGUGCUUGUUCUUGCAACAAAUCAAUGUACUAAGUUUCCUAAAACAGAUGUCUUUCGUCUAAGUGGUUAGCAGUUGAUAUAAAACAGACUGAUUAAGUCUAUAUUGAUUAACUGUACAACAGUUAACAUUUAAAGGCAAUGUCAGUGAAAUGCUAUAUAUGCUACGGUGGCAUUUUAAAUUUCCAUUGUGCAGAUCAUCAGAUUGAAAUCAGAUCAUUAUGUUCAUGUAAACCCAUCACUGACUUUUGACCAAUCAAACUACCUCUUAAGCUGUGAUUGGUCAAAAGACAAACUAAGUAAUGAUAUCUGACUUCUGGUUGCCAGUGUAAACAAAUGCAUUUGAUCAGUUAUUUCCCUCUAGCUUCUGCUAAUGGUAUAUGCUUUGAUGUUCAGCUUGUUAGAAACAAUGCCUUACAGUGGUGGUUGUAAGUAUACGCAUUUACUGUUUAAAGAUGCCUGUAAUUAAAUUGCAAGUUUAAUUGCACAGAUUACAUAAAAAUGAAAGGCACUCAA